AUGGCUGUUCCCCUCGCUGAGAUCCCCAAAGUGGCGCUCUUGUACAAGCUACAUGUUCUGGCCCCCACAUCCUCCCAGUUCAAGCCCUCCCAAAGCCUCAACAACAGCGUCUCCAUCAUCCGCAAUGACAUAACCAAACUGCAGGUCGACUGUAUCGUCAAUGCAGCUAACGAAUCCCUCCUGGGUGGUGGUGGCGUAGACGGUGCAAUCCACCAGGGCGCAGGCCCAAAGCUCUUGGAAGAAUGUCGCACGCUGGAUGGAUGCGAUACUGGCGAUGCAAAGAUCACCAAGGCUUAUGAACUACCCUGCAAAUAUGUCAUCCACACAGUUGGUCCUGUUUACUUCCGUGAGAGGCGCAUCGAUCCUCGACGUCCUGAAGCUCUACUUCGUUCUUGCUACCGGCGCAGUCUGGAGCUGGCUGUCGAGAAUAACCUGAAGAGUAUUGCUUUCGCUGCUAUCAGCACUGGUAUCUAUGGAUUUCCCAGUGACCUUGCUGCAGAGGCUGCGACUGAUGAAGUGCGCAAGUUUCUCGAAGGACCUGCCAACAUAGGGAAGCUAGAACGGGUGAUCUUCUGCAACUUUGAGCGCAAGGAUGUUCGCGCCUAUGAGGAAGUGAUUCCUGAAUAUUUUCCGCCGACCACCGAGGAUUUGGCCGAGAACAGCGAUGCUUGA